UUGAAAAUCAGCAGCCUUGUUCACUUUCAAAAUUUCCUUGUUGGUCCCAUCUCUGACAAGGAACCUCACCAGUUUUGAUCAGUUUUUGUUUAAUUACAUACAUUCAAGUUUAUCAAUCAAUCAAGAACCAAAAAAUAUGACUCUCAAGCUUGUUAUGAAUCAUAUAAUCCCCAGUUGCUUCAAGGCCAGGAAUCAUUAUCCCGCCAUCGAAUCAAGAACUCAAGAUUCUCAACAGCCUUCCGGCCGCCACAGGCUGGCGGUUUCCGAUCUGAGCGAUCCCGGCUCGCCAUUAUCUGCCAACGAUCUGUCCUCCAAUUCUGUUAUAGGUUCAAACCUGCAUAUCUUCACACUGUCGGAGCUGAAAGUGAUCACCGGCGACUUCUCGGCGGCGAAUUUUCUCGGGGAAGGAGGGUUCGGGCCGGUCCACAAAGGGUUCGUUGUUGACAAGAGCCGGCCCGGGUUAGAAGCUCAGACCGUCGCUGUUAAGCGGCUUGAUUUGGAAGGAACUCAAGGUCACCGAGAAUGGCUGGUUGAAGUCAUAAUCCUUGCUCAACUGAAACACCCACAUCUGGUGAAGUUGAUCGGAUAUUGUUGGGAAGAUGAAGAUAGGCUGCUGGUUUACGAGUACAUGACAAGAGGCAGCCUAGAAAACCAUUUAUUCGGAAGGUGUUCUGCUUGCCUGCCAUGGCUGACAAGGAUCAAGAUUGCCGUCGGCGCCGCCAAGGGGUUGGCUUUUCUCCACGGGGAAGAACAGCCGGUGAUAUAUCGGGACUUCAAGGCUUCAAACAUCCUGCUGGACUCGGAUUACACUGCCAAGCUUUCCGACUUUGGGCUAGCUAAGGACGGUCCGGAAGGGGAUAACACCCACGUCACAACUCGUAUCAUGGGCACCCAUGGCUAUGCUGCACCAGAGUAUCUCAUGACCGGUCAUUUGACACCUAUGAGCGAUGUGUACAGCUACGGGGUAGUUCUACUAGAGUUGAUAACCGGGAAACGAGCUGUGGACAAAAAGAGGCCAAACAGGGAGCAGAACUUGGUGGAAUGGGCAAAGCCAUACCUGAAAGAUCCACAUAAACUUGACAGGAUACUGGACCCGAGGCUCGAAGAUCAAUACUCGACCGAGGGGGCCAAGAGGGUGGCUGCAUUGGCAUACCAAUGCCUGAGCCACCAUGCAAAAUGCAGGCCCACAAUGAGCCAUGUGGUCAAGAGGCUGGAGCCCGUGUUGGACUUAAAGGACAUUCCAAUUGGAACAUUUGUUUACGUUGCACCCUCGGAGACGAGCCAAAAGGGACCAAUUAGUAAUGGCGAUGAAGCUAAAAAGGAAGAAACAAUGGAGAAAUCUCCAUGUGAAGAUGAAAAGAAAGUAGCAGAGAAACAAGAGAACAGCAAGCAACGACGCAAACAUGGUGAGAGACACAACCACAGAACGAAGUUAGCUGCUGUUUAUUCCGACACAGCUCUAUACAGAACUUUAAGGAAUGAGCUAAAACCUACGAAAUACAGUGAACCAAAUAGAAUAGAACUAAAUAAAUGUUAAUUAAAUGUUAAUUAAGGUUCAUUAAUUACUUUGUUUGUUAAUCAUGUUAAUUAAGGUUCAUUAAUUACUGUGCAAUAGAGUAAUGAUUGGAGUGGGGAUAUUUUCUA